AUGGAAUGUGAAGAAAAUGGCGGGAAAUGUUGGUCACCGGCGUGCAGGGUCAAGCGGAAGCGACGAACUGAUGAUGCGAGGGACCUGCAUAUGCCUCACACCCAUCCAAUGCCUGGGACGUCUUCUUCUCAGUCAAUGCACAACAAAGAUUUUCACCCACGUAAAUUCAUUCAAACCAACAUUAUCUUUAACCUGCCUACGAGAGAUCCCUUUAUGAACAAUAUGGAUGAGAUAUCUUAUUGGGUUUAUACAAAACGAGCUCCAUGCCUCUAUGACUAUGAUAAACUUAUGAAGAAACAAACUUCAGAGGCUCACAGUUCGAGAGAUUAUGCACUUCCAGUUGAAAAUGAAGUUUCACCGCCUAAAAAGAAAAAGAAAAACCUACUAGAUAAUAAUUCAUACUUAUCGGAGAAACAGCAGAAUGUUUACUUUGAAACCCCUCAGCAAAACCUUAAGAGAGUUGUAAAUAACUGUAAAUCAAUUUCAUCUGGCAGUGGUAUUGAAGUUAAUAUAAAAAAUACUUCAACACCAAAACCAAAAAAGCCAAGAAUUCAUAAAAUUAAUAAAAAUAGCUUAACUAGAAGAAAUAAAACUGCAAGAUCUACACCUAAGGUGGAAUCCCCAUCUCAACAACAAAACUUAAGAAGGAGUUUGCGUCUUCAACAAAGUAUGAAUACUACUGGAAUCUUUGAUUCUUCUGUAGAAAUUGUAAACGAAAGUGCUAUUAAUGGCAUUAGAAGUCAAGAAAUGAUACAAGCUAAACAAGGUGAAGAUAGUAUGAAAAUAUUAGAUAGUGAACUGAGUAGAAGUAAAAAAGAAAUAAUAAAAAGGAAAUCAAAAAAUGAAGUAUGUAAUGGUGAAUAUGAAGACUACAGUGAUGUAUCAGGCUUCACAGCAAACUAUAUUCGUUCCACUAAACUUAAAAAAACACCUAGAAAGGUUAGAAGAAGGACUAACAAGAUUACUAUACAAGGUUCUGGACAAAAUGUAGAAGAUGGCAACAAGGUAAUUGUUUGUGUAAACAAGUCGAUGAACACAGGUGAGGAAGCAUCUGCUGUUUUGAAUAACAGUACAGACUCAUCUCAAAAUGUAAUCAAUCUAAUCACCGUUUCCAAUAAAGAAAAAUCUAAAAGGAUAAGCCAAAGCACAUCUUUGCUUAAAUUUGUAAAUUCAACUGAUGAAAAACACAUCUCAAAAAAUAAUAAUGGUCACUUGGCAAAUGAAUCCUUUCAAUCAGGCAGCAGUGCAACUUCACGUUAUCCUAGACGGGUAAAAAAUACACAAAAUAAAAGAAAAACACCUCAAAAAAAGAAUGAUAGGAAAGAGAAUUCACCAGAAAGAUUUGUAUACAGAACUAGGAGUCGUAAAAGGCUUAUUGAAAACACAUGUGAACAAAUAAACUCAAAUGAGGAAAGCUCUAGUCCAGUAAUAAAUGUUGGGAACCCUGUAUCUGCAAAGAAGAAUAUUAGAAAUACUGAUGCACCGCAACAGAAGUGUAUCACAAGUAUUAAAAAACAAUCAUUGAAAAAAGAUUCAUUAAGGGACAAAAGUGGUUUUGCUACUUGUUUUUCAGAUAGUGAUAGUGAUGUGGAGCCUAAGCAGAGAAAAUUUUUUUGUUAA